AUGCGACCCGACGACAUCAACCCACGGACCGGACUGGUGGUGGCUUUGGUCAGCGUCUUCUUGGUGUUUGGCUUCAUGUUCACGGUUUCCGGGAUCAAAGGCGAGACUUUGGGGGACAUCCCACUUCUGGCUAUCGGACCGGCCAUCUGCUUGCCCGGCAUCGCCGCUAUCGCCCUGACGAGGAAAACCGACGGCUGCAGCAAAUGGCCCAACGUCAGCUACUGCCCCCCGUGCGGCUGGUGCCGCAAGAAACCCCAGGACAAAGAGGUCCUGGAGUUGCUGAGGACCCCUUCGGACCUGGAGUCCGGCAAAAGCAGCUGCGACGAGCUGGCCCUGAAAGCCCGCGACGCCCAGCCGGCUGAGGCGACCCUCCAGGAGGCCUGCGAGGGGAAAGGCUCACUCGCCACCCCCGCCCCGCGGGAUUGCGUGGCCUUGGACCCCAAAGUGGCUCAGGAGGAAAUGUUGAGGUACUUGGAGAAGUGCUAUCCGGAGAUGCCCGGCGGGAACAUUUUUGUGGCCGAGGCCUCUCCUUACAGUGCCUUAGACCAGCCGCGGGGGGAGUCCCCUGUCCCCGAGGGGGCCGCCGCCGCCUCUCCCUGGCCGGCGGAGGACGAUCUGAGCGUGGUCCCCAGCGACAGCAUCAUCGUUUGCUCCUACACGGAGAGCAGCCCUUACGACAGGUACUGUUGUUAUAUAAACCCCACCGAAGACCUCACCUCGGAACCCCAGGCGAUCGUUUGA